AUGUCAACAAUCGGCACAACAGCAAUACAAACAACUACAGCACCAAACUCUUUAGUCAUGAAUCCUACGUCAAUGUUAGUAGAGAUGAAAAGCUUCAUUCCUUCUUCAUAUACUUUUGAAACAGAAAUCCAGAAGAUAAAGCAAGAACUUUUAACAUGUAAUUUAGACUGUAGUGCGAAAGAUGAAACAAAUGAACAGUAUCUUUAUGAAAUGGAGGACCUCAUCGACCAUUUACCCAAAUUGCCUGAAAUUCAGCAACAAAAACUAACUAUUCCUGAAUUCGAUGAAAUAGAAGUCAAAGCAACUGACUCGGUAGAAAUAAAGAAGUUCAUACGAAAGGUAAACUAUGAGUUUCUAGGAUUUCAUUGCAACCAUAAGGUUAUGGACAAAGAUUGCGACAUGGUAUAUAAGAAUGGUUCUGACAUAUAUAAAUCUGAAGAAUUUAAGACCUACGACAACUUUGUUUCGUUAGUUGCUGAAUGUGUAUGGCAGAUAAGAGAUAAAGAUAGAAGAGGCAAAGUAUGGAAUAAACAGAUAAAACCAGCAACUUUUGAGUUAAAGAAAACCAUUGACGCUUUAGUUGUUUUAGCAGGUAAGGUUUCAGAAUAUAACGCAAAAAUGAACCCGCAAUGUUCUAAAUGUAAAGCAGCAAUGAGGAAAUAUAACUACUCCGUCAAAGAGAUAGAAA